AUGAAAACUAAUUUCUUAGGUCUAGUAACUCGUACAAUAUUCAAUCAAAAUUUAUUCCUUAAAAGAUUUUCAUCAAAUUCAAAUAAUUAUAUAAAUGUUAAAAUAAUCGAUCGUGAAGAAAAAGCAAUUGAUGCUAAAGCUAAAAUUGGUUCAAAUAUGCUCGAUGUUGUUAUUGAUAAUAAACUAGAUAUUGAUGGUUUUGGAGCAUGUGAAGGUACACUUGCUUGUUCAACAUGUCAUGUUAUACUUGAUAGUGAAAAUUAUAAAACAUUACCUGAACCAGUUGAGGAAGAAAAUGAUAUGUUAGAUUUAGCAUUUGGUUUAACACCAACAUCUCGACUUGCUUGUCAAAUUAUUGUUGAACCAAGGAUGAAAGAUUGGGUUUUUGUUGUACCGAACUUGCAUUAUAUAUUUUUUGUUUCCUAUAUACAAUUUAUUCUAGAUGAUGAUUAUUUGUUGAUGGGAAAUCAAAUUGCACAUAUUCCAAACCAAAUUCUUAACGUCGAAACUUACUUUAAUGAUUUAAGUGGAUACGACUAUGUUAAAAAUUUGGGUGUUACUCGAUUCUUGAAGGUAGCUAAGGCAAAAACCAGAAAUGGUUAUUGUGUCCUCAAAAUCUUCCAAAUUGUUGAUCAAUCGCUUCCAUAUGAUCAAUAUAAAGCACAAAUUCAAGAAAUUUACUCAAUUCUCCAUGAAAAAGAUAUAUCACCAUCACCAUUAAAAAAUUGUCUACCAUUUCAAAUUGUUACUAAAAAUGAUCGUUCAAUAAUUUUAACACGUCCGUAUAUAAAAGAUAAUUUAUUUUAUCGUUUACAAACACGACCUUAUCUUACACGUAUCGAAAAAAAAUGGAUUGCCUAUCAAUUAUUAAUAGCACUUAAACAUAUACAUCAUGCUAAUAUAACACAUGGUGAUUUAAAAAUUGAAAAUAUUUUAUUAACAAGUUAUAAUUGGGUUUUAUUAAGUGAUUUUGCUAAUUUUAAACCAACAUUUUUUGCUUAUGAAGAUCCAGCUGAAUAUUAUUAUUAUUUUAAUGCAUCACAACGAAAUGUAUGUUAUUUAGCACCGGAACGUUUUUAUGAUCAAACAAGAAUAAAAAAUGAUAUUAAUAAUGAUACAUUUUCGACUAGUUUCGGCAAAUUAGGUACUUCAUCAAUGGAUAUAUUUUCAGUCGGUUGUAUUUUAGCAGAAUUAUUUACUGAAUUACCAUUAUUUACUUUAAUGCAAAUGCUUGUUUACAGAACUGGUGGUUAUGAUCCGAUGCCAAUUGUCAAUAAGAUAGCUGAUGCUGAUAUACGAUCAAUGGUUGCAAGUAUGAUUGAUCGUGAUCCAUUAAAACGUCUUACAGCCGAAGAAUAUCUUGAAGAACAAACAGGCAAAGCAUUUCCAUCAUGUUUUCAUACAUUUCUUUUACCAUAUGUACAAAAAAUUUUAAAAGAAUUUUCACCGGACUUUGUUAUUUAUAAACUUCAUCGAGAUUUUUCAUAUAUAAUGAAUAAUUUACUUAUGGACAAUAAUGAUACAAAUGACGAUGAAACAGAGAUGGAUGAUGAAAAAAAUCGCGAAUCAUCACAAUGUCUUUUAAUAUUACUUUCACUUGCUUUAUCUUGUAUGAGAAAAUUAAAACAUUUACAUUCUCGACUUGUGGCAUUGGAACUUUUACGUUUAAUGAUUCCAUUAGUUGAUGAUCAAAUUAUACUUGAUCGAAUUUUACCUUAUGUGAAUGCAAUGUUACAUGAUUCUUUUCAUCGUGUGCGAGCUGAUGCUAUUCGGACUCUUGUCUUUGCUAUAUCAUCCGUUAAAAAUAUCAAUCAAGAAAAUGCUGAUCUAUUCAGUGAAUAUCUUUUUCCAACAUUGUCAACAUCAUAUAUACAAGAUGAUUGUUAUGUUCGAGCAAAUCUAGCUAAAUAUCUAUCUGUACUUGCUGAACAUUCAUUAAGAUUUUUAGAAAAAACUUAUUUAAUUGAGGAACGAAAUCAUACAAUAAGUAAUGAUUAUUUUAAACUGUAUGAAGAAGAAUUAAAAAGUGUUCAAACAUGGAUGCAAGGUAAAUUCGGUGAUCUUAUACAUGGUGAUAACGAUGAUCAAAAUGGUCAAUUAGCUGAAGCUGUUUGUCGAUCGGAUCUUAUACGUUUAUGUACAUUUUUUGGCAAACGAAAAACGAUUGAAGUUAUUUGUGGACAUUUAACAACAUUAUUAAGUCAACCAAAUUGGCGUUUACGUGCAACAUUAUUUGAUAGUCUUGUAACUGUUGCUUCAUAUAUUGGACUUGAAAGCGAAUUAUUUAUUUUACCUCUAUUAAAUCAAGGAUUAAUUGAUGAAGAAGAAUUUGUUGUUCAUCGAGUAUUAAAAGCUCUUGCAUGUUUUGUUCGUCUAUCAUUACUAAAACGAAAAACAAUCUAUGAAUUUCUUCGACAAGUUGCACCACUUGUUUGUCAUCCAAAUCUUUGGUUACGAUUAGGCGUUAUUGAAUUUAUUAAUAGUAUUUGUGAAAAGUCUCAUUUAGCUGAUGUACAUGGAUUUGUUAUACCGGUGAUUGAACGAUUUUUUAAAUUUCCAAUUGUACAAGUGGGAAAUGCAGAUAUUUUAUAUAAUGCUUUGAUUGAACCAUUAUCACGUGAAUUAUUUGAAUAUGUUCAACAAAUUCAACCGAAUGAAGGUCUAUUUCGACAUUUAACUGAUCGAUCAAACAUUCGACAAAUGACUGGAACUGGAUUAAAACCAGCUUAUACCGAAUCUGCUGAUCCUCUUGUACGUGAGGCAUUUGAUAAAUUAAUUGAAUUAGGAAUGAAAGAAGAGGAUGAAAAUAAAAUUUUAGCAUUAAAAUUUUUUGUUAAACAAACUUCACAGACUAAAUUAAGUACAAGUGUAACAACAGAAUUAAAAGAACGACCAGGUACAAUAAAUAUAAAAAUUCCACCUGGGCGACGACAUGAUUUAAGUUUGAAUAUAAAUCGAACUAAUAUUGAUAACUACUCUGCAAGAAAUCUAAAUAAUGAUAGUUCUGAUUGGUCAGAAAUGUUUGGUGCCGUAACAAUGCAAGUUUCAAAUCAACAGGAAAACAUUCCACCCAAUUCAAAUGAUAAAACAAUAAAUGAAAAUACCGAUGAAACAAUGGUAGUUGAUACUUUACAAUAUCAAUUGCCGUCAACAGAAAACAUCACACAACAUCGACAACAUUGUUUUGUUGAAUCAACAACAAAAACAAUUCGAACAGGUCUUCGAUUACAAUGUUUAACUGAACAGAAUAAUUUAGUAUCAAAACAUCAAGCAAUCUAUCGAGAAGAUUGUCAACGUGCUAAAUUACUUAAACGUAGUGUUCCAACAAAUGUUUUCGAAAUAUCAGAUCAAAAACUUUGGACACCACAAGGUACUCUACUUAGUCAUGUUCAUUUACAUAAUGGAAAAAUUACAAAAUUAACAUCAAGUCUUGUUUCACCAUCACCUACAUAUUAUACACAACUUUUUGCUACCGGUGAUUCUAAAGGAGCUAUUCGAUUAUGGGAUAUUAAUCAAUUCCAAAAAUCUCUCAUCUUUCGACCGUCGAGAGCAAUUCGUGGAACAGCAUCUGCUGUUCGUGGUUUAGCAUUUACAUCGGACACUAAUUUAAAUCUUGCCUCUUUAUGUGAAAAUGGUCAACUAAAUAUUUUUGAUCUUAACUCUUCAACAACUGAUAUACGUGAACCAUUUUAUAGUUUAAAAUUAGAUGUUAAUGAUGUUGGUGUACCAGUUGAUUUAAAAUAUUUUAAUACAGGUUCACAAGAUAUUUUAGCAUUAGCCACAUCACAAGGAUUAAUUGUUGGAAUUGAUACAAGAUGUUCAACACCAAUAUUUCGAUUUAAAAAUGAUUUAAAUCAUCGUUUAAUAACUGCACUUGAAGUUGAUGAACUUCAGUCAUGGUUAGCAGUCGGUACUGGUAGUGGAUUUAUUGAUAUAUGGGAUAUGCGUUUUCAAUUAUGUAUUCAAGGAAUACAACAUCCAACAGGUGCACGUGUCAUAACUCUUCUUCGUCAUCAAGAUCAACCGAGUAGUUUAAUUAGUUCAUUUCAAGGUAAUAAUGAAGUAGCUAUAUGGAAUAUUGAUAAACCAACAAUACGACAAAAAGUAUUUUGGCCAUCACCUGCAACACCGUUGUCAUUAACACAAUCACUUAAUCAUUAUAUAGCUGCGAUGUAUUUAUGGAAAAAUGAUGGUUCAACAUCACUACUUUGUGCUGGAACAGAUAUGCGUAUAAGAAAUUGGAAUUUAACUCAACCAUUACGAUCAUAUAUUGUUUGUCGAGGACCAGCUGAUGAUGAUAUAUUAACUGCUCGUUAUCAACCGAAAAUUAUUGAUGGCGUUGAAGUAACUGUUGAAGAAUAUCAUAAACGUAGACAUCCAUCAUCACCACCAACAGCAACAACAGCAUCGGCAAAUUCAUCAACAACAACAGCAACGGAAAUAAAAACAACCAAAUCAAGUGCAAAUAUUCCAUCAGCACAUACUGAUACAGUUACAUCAAUGCAAUUAGUUAUGUCAAAAGAACGUACACCUUAUUUGAUAACUGUUUCAUGUGAUGCUGUUGUUAAAAUAUGGAAAUGA